AGAGAGAGAGAGAGAGAGAGAGAGAGAGACAGAGACAGAGCGAGAGAGAGAGAGAGAGAGAGAGAGACGGGGGUGAAGGAGAGGCAACGGAGUGACACAGACGAAGAAAGCAGGUUGAGAAAACAAAUGUCUAAAAAGAGGGUCUGUGAGAAAAGAGUCAAACGAUAAGGAGAGAAAGAAAGCAGGAGUGAGGAGUGAAAAACAGCCCAACGGGGAGAAUGGAACGGUUAGGCUAGAGGCCAGAGUCCAGAGUCCAGAGAGAAAAAGAAACUACGAGGGUGAAUCAGGGAAAACUCCAUUCCGGUCAUGGAAGCAGAGCUGGAAGAAGAGGACGGGAGUUUCACUAACAUCUCCCUCGCCGAUGACAGACCUACAGGGGACAGAGGAACUGCAGUCCUGCUCACCAAACAGGACAACGAGGACUUCACCAUGAACUGUCACAUGGAUGGAGACAUGGAGAACCAGGUUGAGAUGGAGGAGAAGACGAGGCUCAUCAACCAGGUGCUGGAGCUACAACACACACUGGAAGACCUGUCAGCACGUGUGGAUGCGGUCAAAGAGGAGAACCUGAAGUUGAAGUCGGAGAACCAGGUUCUAGGCCAGUACAUCGAGAACCUCAUGUCGGCCUCCAGCGUGUUCCAAACCACCGACAACAAGAGCAAACGGAAGUAACCCACGGCGACCAAGGGGAG